AAACAGAGUUGCAGGAGAAGCACUCAAUUAGUAAUUAUGGAUAACUUGACUUUUUUGCCAAUAAUUUCUAUGUAAUAUUUUUACGCUAAAAAAAAUGGUGUGUUUCAAUCAAUAUUUGUUUUCAGAAGUACUAACGAGCUAUAUAACAGCUACUAACAUCAAACAUGAAAUAAAAAAUUUUAUCACAAAAUUAAUGUUGAAUUGAAGCGAGUAGGUAGCGAGGCUCGGGAAACAGUUAGUUACCACCAUUAAAAACCAAAUGAAGGUAUACUGUAUAUUGUUUAUAGUAAGUUAUAUUGUUAAGAUAUAACUACUUAUUAUCAUAACUAAGGAUGGUAAUGCACUUGAAAAAUGAUGACAAUCGUGAUGAUUAAAAUGAAAAAAUUAUGGUUACCGCGAUUGACAUGAAUCUUGUUGUAUAUAAACUCCAUCACUGUUUCUGAAGCUGAAGACAGUCUUUGAUAGUAAGUUCAGUUGCUUAGGUACCAGUAGGUAUAAUGUUUCUCAAGAAGUUUUUCAUGAUCGGAAAUCAACCAAUUCUAUGUAUUUUUAUAACCACGUUAGUGAUGUUAUCGAUUGAUACGAAAGCAGCAAUAGUUUCUGAAAAUUCAUUGCAAAAUGUUCAAAGUGUUUAUUCACAUGAUUACGGAAAACUCAACAAUAGUGUCGAAAAAGAAAGGAAAAUUUUCGACUAUUCAACAAAUGGUGUGAGGGUUAAUAUCCGAGUAGUUUCUAUUCUUAAUGAGUCAAACACUCAAGAGGAUGAACGAUUCCCAGAUUUUCCGGCAAAGGAUCUUGGACGCUGUGUGAUGAAUUUUUCAAUCGCCUGCAUAACUGACAGAAUGGCACGUUACAUUGAUACAAUUGGAAGGCUCAAUAAAAAAAUACUGCUGGGUGGUAAUAUUAAGCUUGUUAAAAUUCGUCCCUUAAUAAAGAGAACCUAUGAUGAACGAUCACUCGAAUCAAUUAACAAUAUUGAUCGUAGUAUUGAUAGUUUUUUUGAUAGUUUUGCAUUGAGAAUUUAUUUACCAAAAACAAACGAAAAGCAAGAGCAAAAUCAGAUUGACUUGACAUUUGAUGAUAGAGAUGUUGUUGAAGGUCGGGGAGGAAAAGGUGGUGGAGGAGGAAAAGGAGGAAAGGGUGGUGGCAAGUGCAAACAAAUGAUGAUGAUGGCAAUGGCAUGUGCUAAAAUGAAAAUGAUGGGAAUGAUGGGACUUAUGGGCAUGAAGUCAAUGUUGAUGUCAGGCGCGACAAUGAUGAUGAUGAAAGUAAUGCUAAUGAUGCAGUUAUUGAUGAAGAAAAACAGUGGUGGUGGAGGUGGUGGAGGUUGGUCAAGUGGAGGUGGUGGUGGCAGUGGUGGUGGAGGACACAGCAGCGGUGGAGGUGGUGGCGGCUAUAAUUACAGUCCUGCUGCACCUCCAAGCAACAGUUAUGGACCACCUAGCAGUGGUUGGGGACGGAGUUUUGACAAUCGUUUAUCAAUGAAUGCAUCGAAUGAUCAAAAUUCGAAUCUUUUAAAUUCUUACUCAGGAAUUAAUGAUAAUAUUUCUGUCAUUAAUACUUAUCCACUUAUCGAUGAAAAAUCGAACAGCAACCAAGAAUUGCUGUCAAAUAUCAACUCAAACUAUGUUGGCGAGGUUCAUGAAACUGGUAAACGGAUGGGUAGAAAAUUUAACUUGAACAAAUCUGAGCAUAAUAAUUCUAUUGCCGAUUCAAAACAACUUUAUGCCAUUGAGUAGAAAAAUUACGACGCUGCUGGUUAAAUACCGAAUAAAACAGAUUCUAUAGUUGCAGAAAAAACUUCGCCGGAUUAGCUUUGUCUAAAAUUGGA